AGCUGGCUUGGAGCCUUAGCCCUCUGCCUUUCUCUCCUCUUCCAUCUUUUGUUAGGGAUCUUGGGUUCUCCUCUUUGGGAAGCCAGAGCCCAAGUGCUCCAUUCCCAGGGAGGGAGUGCCCUCUAGCGCCAGGGAGAGUGAAGACCGGAGGAGGCACCAGCUGGAGAAGAAGGGCAGGGCCUGGAGGCCAAGUCUUGAAGGGAAGGAGCUGCUGGCCAAUCAGGGGCGAGCCGACUGCACCCUGACCUGCUGGGCUGGGACAGCACAGAACCUACAGGGCCACUGUUCACACUCUCCUGGUCAGAGUCCUGGGACCACAUGCGGAUGCUACCGUGGCUUCUUGCCUUCUCCAUUCUGGGUCUCCAGGCUUGGGAUACUCCCACUGUCGUCUCCCGCAAGGAGUGGGGGGCAAGACCGCUGGCCUGCAGGGCCCUGCUGACCCUGCCUGUGGCCUACAUCAUCACAGACCAGCUCCCAGGGAUGCAGUGCCAGGAGCAGAGCAUUUGCAACCAGAUGCUGCGGGGGUUGCAGUCCCAUUCCAUCUACACCAUAGGCUGGUGCGACGUGGCAUACAACUUCCUGGUUGGGGAUGAUGGCAGGGUGUAUGAAGGUGUUGGCUGGAACAUCCAAGGCUUGCACACCGAGGGCUAUAACAACAUCUCCCUGGGCAUCGCCUUCUUUGGCAAUAAGAUAGGCAGCAGUCCCAGCCCUGCUGCUUUAUCAGCUGCAGAGGCUCUGAUCUCCUAUGCCAUCCAGAAGGGUCACCUCUCGCCCAGGUAUAUUCAGCCACUUCUUCUGAAAGAAGAGACUUGCCUGGACCCUCAACACCCAGUGAUGCCCAGGAAAGUUUGCCCCAUCAUCAUCAAACGAUCUGUUUGGGAAGCCAGAGAGACACACUGCCCUAAAAUGAACCUCCCAGCCAAAUACGUCAUCAUCAUCCACACCGCUGGCACAAGCUGCACUGUAUCCACAGACUGCCAGACUGUCGUCCGAAAUAUACAGUCCUUUCACAUGGACACACGGAACUUUUGUGACAUUGGAUAUCACUUCCUGGUGGGCCAGGAUGGUGGCGUGUACGAAGGGGUUGGAUGGCAUGUCCAAGGCUCUCACACUUAUGGAUUCAAUGAUAUUGCCCUAGGAAUUGCCUUCAUCGGCUACUUUGUAGAAAAACCUCCAAAUGCCGCAGCACUGGAGGCAGCCCAGGACCUGAUCCAGUGUGCCGUGGUUGAGGGGUACCUGACUCCAAACUACCUGCUGGUGGGCCACAGUGACGUGGUCAACAUCAUGUCCCCUGGGCAGGCUUUGUACAACAUCAUCAGCACCUGGCCUCAUUUCAAGCACUGAAGGAGGCCCCGCUCCCUCUGAGACUGCCCUCCCUCUCCUACUGGGUCUCUCCAAUCCUCACCAGACACCCUGGCUCAGCACCUUGUGUCCCCCUCCCCUGCCAGCCCAUCCUUUCUCAGGUUCGAAUGGUCAUGCACUUUCCUGCCAACAUCCUCCAGGAGCCCCUAAACCUUGCAGCUGGGCAUUCACAGCCCUCCUGGUCUGAGUUUAGACUUCCUCUCUCCUCACCUACCUCUCCCCUGGGCACCUACCUCCUCAGUUGGGUAAGACAAUGGGCUGGUCCUUGUGGCAUUUCUCUCUCUCUCUCCCUAACCCCUGUCCUCUCUCUCUCUUUCUGUCUGCCUGGUGAGCCUUCCCUAUUGUCUGCCUGGAAGCCCCCACCCUUCACCCCUCACCCAUGACCCAGGUCAGUGUGCCCACCCCUCCUCUCUGCUCACAUAUGGACUGGUACAUAUUUGGAUGCAGCCCUUACUUAAGGGUGUAAUUUUUUUAUAGAUAUGUCUGUCCUCUCCUCUGGGUUGUAAGUUUCUCCAAGGGAGGAAUUCUGUUUUAUUCAUCUCUGUCCUCAGUUCCUCAGCAGUGUUUGGAAUUUAAUAGGUUCUGCAGAUGUUUGUUAAAGAAAUGGAUGAAUAAAUGAAUGAAUGGA